GAAGGGUUACUGCUGAUGCAGAGGCUGCGUGUGGCAGUGCCAGGGUUAAAGCUGAUGUGUCCAGGGGCGGGGCAGCACUGCAGAGAGGAGGUGACACUGCAGAGGAUCAGACUGACAGUUGCACAGACAGACAGACAGACAGACAGACAGCUGAGGGGCUCCAAAAUGAGAGGUGUUUGUGCUCUGCUGCUGCCUAUACUUCUGGGUCAGGGAUGGGCCGCUCCUCGGACAAUACAAGGAGGCAGGUCUGAGCAAGAUGGCAGCGUACAGAUCAGAAACCCAUUCUCCAAGGGACCUGAAGAGCUCAGCCUCCUGCAGGAGUAUUUGAAGAAGAAGGACCCACUGGAAACCAAUGCCUCAAACCUAAAGAGAGAGACGGCUAUUCUUCACCUCUUCCUCCUCCAUGACUAUGACAAGAGUGGGCAUCUCGAUGGCCUGGAACUCAUGCAGCUUCUCAGUGGGAUCCUGUCUCACACAUCACAGGGAGAACCAACCCAUGAAUCUGUAAUACAUAUGGUGGAUGAAGUCUUAGAGAGACAAGAUCUAAACAGGGAUGGACUUCUAAGUGCUCCUGAGCUUGUGACUCCACCAAUCUAUGCAUCUGAGGAGGAUGUCUCUCAAGACAAUGUAUCUAUGGCCAUCCCACCACCUCAGGAACCACAGGGACUGGACAACUCAGAGACUCCUACAGACACCAAUGAGAAACAAGAUGAGAAGCUGCAGGUAAGACCUUUGGAAGUUCAGGCUCUGGAAGUUGAAGAUACCCUCUCCAAGCAAGAAGCCGACCAUCAACCUUCACCAAUUGAGUCUCAGGUUUUACCCGAGCAAGAGAACAAGGAGAACAAGGAAGAGGACAAUUUACAAGAAGGGGAAGAUGACGCUGACGAGACUGUUUGGGACAUCAUAACAGGAGAAGAUGGACAACAAAAGGAAGAGACUGAAGGGAGGACAGAGGAUGAGAUAUGACUGGCAAUGGAAUGGAACUAAUGCUACUUGCUGCCUUGUGCAUGGAGGCCUUCCCUGAGGAGCAUGUUCAGGAAUAACAGCCGGUGCCCCAGAAGGAUGACGAGACAAAGGGGAGUAGCAUAGAACAUAGUGUUACUGGGCAUCAAUAAUGGUAACGUUAGAGGAAGGGAACAAAACUGAUCUUAUAAUUCCUUUCUUGCGGUUGUACCCUCUUGCGGGUAAGAGCAAGCCAACCAUGUGGGCAAUUCCCCAAUGCAAUUAUGAUGUAAAUAAUCUUAUUUCAAUGCAAAUUUAUGGAUUUCUCUUAAAAUGUAUUUUAUUUGGAACAAGUCAUGGUUGCACAGGCUUCAGAUGUGCUGAUGACCUCUAAAGAGCAUUAAAGUGCCCUGUCUUGGUCUCCGCUGGCUGGAGAUGCAUGGAACGCUACAGAAAAUGUGUAUAAGGUCCAUAAUGUGAUUAGCUUGUUACUACUCAGCACAUAGUAUAUCCCAAAAACAUGGACUUGUUAUGGACCAUUAAUAAAGAACAUCUUGAUCCCAAGCCUCAGGCAACUGCUUCUUCUUAUUGGGUUGAGAUUAUUGGUGAGUGCCUGGCCGUGUCUGUUCCCUCAGAACCACUUAUUUCUGCUAAUUCUCAGGUUUCUUGUAAUAAUAAUAAAUGUCUAAUAAAUAAUAAAAUAUG